AUGGCAGCGACGGCGGCGGUGGCGGGCGACUCCGACUCCUGGGACGCAGACACAUUCUCCGUGGAAGACCCGGUGCGGAAGGUGGAGGGCAGCGGUACCGCCGGCGGGGACCGCUGGGAAGGCGAGGACGAAGACCAGGACGUUAAGGAUAACUGGGAUGAUGAUGAAGACGACAAAAAAGUGGAAACAGAAGUAAAACCAGAAAUAAAAAUUUUAGAAAAGAAAAAAAUAGCAGAGAAGAUAAAAGAGAAAGAACAGCAACAGAAGAAAAGGCAAGAAGAAAUUAAAAAGAGGUUAGAAGAACCUGAAGAACCUAAGGUGCUGACACUGGAAGAACAAUUAGCAGAUAAACUACAGCUAAAGAAAUUACAGGAAGAGUCAGACCCUGAAUUAGCAAAAGAAACUUUUGGUGUUAAUAAUACAGUUUAUGGAAUUGAUGCUAUGGAUCCAUCUUCAAGAGAUAAUUUCACAGAGUUUGGAAAAUUACUAAAAGAUAAAAUUACACAAUAUGAAAAGUCACUGUAUUAUGCCAGUUUUUUGGAAGCCUUAGUUCGAGAUGUGUGUAUUUCAUUGACUGUGCUUUGCAGUGAAAAAAAGAAGCAAGAAAAGCAUAGCAAAGCCAAAAAGAAGAAGAAAGAUGUGGUUCCUGGAGAUGGAUUAAAGGCCACCAUGAAAGACGAUCUGGCAGAUUAUGGUGGUUAUGAUGGAGGAUAUGUACAAGACUAUUAAGACUUCAUGUGACAUUUUAUCUUCUGGUGUCUUCUUUCUGUUGCCCACAAUCCCUUCAACAUGUAGCACAACUUCCUUUCCUUUCAGUUCUGCCAAAUGCUACAAUCAGAAGUGCAGUA